GUUCGAUAAAUUUAGAAUGAGGCCACUUACAGUCAGAGUGAUACGAUUGGCAUUCAUCGUAGUAGCAUUUCAGACACAAUGCACUGAAGAAGUUAACGAUGAUGGCGCCCUUCUACUUUCUCUUCUCGAUAAGUUCAUUGCACCUGCCAACUUUUUCAGCAGCUGGAACUCCUCCGACAACUACCCCUGCCACUGGAAUGGAGUCACCUGCCAUCCUGAUCACACGGUAAGUGCACUCGAUCUUUCUCGAUCCCAACUCUCUGGAACGCUGUCUUCGGCUAUCUGCGGUUUACACAAUUUGAAAGAACUGUAUUUAGCUUCUAACAGUCUGUCUGGUACCAUUCCUCCUGAACUAGGAAAUUGCACAGAGUUAGAGACUUUAGAUCUCUCACAGAAUUAUCUUCAUGGGAAAAUCCCUGUCCAACUAGGUAGCAUAAAAAAUCUAAGAACUUUGUCGCUCUAUGAAAAUUUCCUCAACGGAAGCAUUCCCUUCUCCAUUUUUGGGCUUCCCCUGCUGGAGGCAAUAUAUUUGUCGACCAAUAAUUUGACUGGAGAGAUCCCGUCAAAUGUCGGGAAUCUCACCAAACUCUCCAAAUUAUGGUUAGGAGAAAAUUCCUUGGUUGGAAAGAUACCCACAACCAUUGCCGAUUGUGAGCAUCUAGCAGAGAUUUAUGUGCAUGAGAAUCAGCUGGUUGGGGAGCUGCCACAAUCUCUGGACCGACUUUCAAAAUUACAAUAUCUGUAUGCUACUUCCAAUAAUCUUGGAGGCCACAUCCCCAAAUCACUUGGUAACUGCACAAAUCUCAUUGAAGUUGAAUUGUCAAACAAUCAAUUCAGUGGAGAAAUACCGUGGGAGUUUGGCAAGUGCAGCAAUCUCACUGUGACUUAUGCCACUCAAAAUCGGCUCACAGGGCGCAUACCGUCCUCUCUUGGAUCACUGAAAUCCUUGAAGCAGCUUUAUUUGAACGAAAACUUCCUGUCCGGUAGCAUCCCAGCUGAACUUGGGAAUUGCAGUUUUCUGGAGGAGCUCAGCUUACACACAAACCGACUUGAGGGGUUCAUUCCUCCCGAGUUGGGUCGACUGGGGAAUUUACAAAUUUUGUUCUUGUCCGAGAAUUCAUUCCAUGGCCCAAUUCCUCCCCUGUUUUUCAGGGCAAGGAGCCUACGGGAACUGUAUCUCUACAACAACAGUCUCACGGGAAGCAUAUCUCCAAAAAUUUGCAAUCUUACGCAGUUACAAUACCUAUUUUUGUUUGAUAACCAGCUAUCAGGCUCAAUACCUGCAGAAUUGGGGGCCCGCAGCAGUCUCAAAGGAAUCGACCUAACGAGUAACCGGCUCACUGGCGGGAUUCCUUCGCCACUAUGCUCUUCCAGACGUUUGAAGUUACUACUCAUGGGAAAUAAUCAGUUGGAAGGGAACAUUCCUCCAGAGAUUGGUCGAUGCCGGAGCUUGAGCCGAGUGAUCCUGAGUCACAACAAUCUAACUGGUGUUCUUCCUUCAGAUUUUCUGGGUUCCAAUUCUAUGAUUGAUUAUCUAGAUAUAAGUGGUAAUAAGUUGCAAGGAAGAAUACCAGGGAGCCUUGGGCACUGUAAAAAUCUGAGCUCCAUUGACCUGUCCGUGAAUCAACUGAAUGGUCCUCUUCCUGCAACACUAGGACAACUCUCCAAGCUACAGAAGUUGAACCUUUCCUCUAAUGUUCUGAGUGGUCCGCUUCCUCAGGAGCUAGGUAAAACAUCUCUCCUGUUUUCGCUGGACUUGAGUUUUAAUUCAUUCAAUGGUUCUCUGCCGGAUAAAUUAGCCAGUCUCCAGAAAUUGCAGUUUCUAAUUUUGCAAGGAAACCGUUUUGGCGGAAGCAUUCCAGCUUGGUUGUCCGACCUGAGACAAUUACUGCAACUAAAUUUGGGGCAAAAUCAAUUCCAAGGUCAAAUUCCGUCAUUCCUAGGAAAUCUAGGAAAUCUAGCUAUUGGGUUAAAUAUAGGCCAGAACAAAUUGAGUGGAACAAUUCCAGAUGCCCUGGGAAAUCUAAAUAAACUUGAGAGAAUGGAUUUGUCAUCCAACAAUCUAUCCGGCAUCAUUCCACCUGCACUCGACAGUCUUUUGUCCCUGGGUGCAGUCAACAUCUCCAAUAAUCAGCUCAGUGGAUGCCUACCCAAGUCAUGGUUGAAGCUAUGGAAUUCGUCCUCAAGCUCAUUCACUGGCAAUCCAGAUUUGUGUGAAACACAGAACCAGGGGAGUCUCUGUAAAUGCAGGGGCGAUGUUCCACCCUCUAGUAAGGAUAUAAAACGUUUCGGUAAAGUCAGUAUAGUCCUUGUUGUGAUUGGAUCAGCUCUGCUCUCUUGUUUCAUAGUAGUCCUUGUUGUUGUGAUUUCAUGGAGACUUUUUACCCCCAAAACGAGAUCCACGCCCGAACUUGGUGCAGAAGUGCCGGCCGGACUACAAGAAAUUUUUCAAUUAACAGAAAAUCUAAGUGAGAAGUAUGUAAUUGGUAAAGGCGGCAAAGGGGUUGUUUACAAGGUGGAGCUCCCUUCACGCCAACUGUGCGCUUUGAACUUUGAAGACGAUACAGUUGACUCCUAGACACAAAGAGGAGAGGAGCUUAAGAAGGG